AUGGAUACAAAUAGGUCAGAUUCUCCACAAAUUGAUGAUAAUUUUAUGAUGGAUAAAAUCAACAGUUUAAAAGUGGAACCAGAAGAUGAUAGUAAUUUUGCUUUAGAAACAAUAGAUAUAAAAACUGAGCAAGAGGACUUGAGACAGACAGAUAGCAGUGAUGAACAAGACGAUAGAGAAAAGAAUUUCAUCCAUAACAAUUCAGGCAAAUACAUCUCUGCAGAAAAUGAAGAUGAUUAUGGAUCUCUGUUUUCCCAGUACAGCAGCACCCUUUAUGAUGUAGCAAUGGAAGCUGUCACACAGAGCCUUCUUUCAAGCAGAAAUAUAAGUUCCAGAAAAAAGUCUCCUGCUUGGAACCAUUUCUUCAUAUCUCCUAGAGACAGCACUAAAGCAAUAUGUAUGUACUGUAUGAAAGAAUUUAGCAGGGGCAAAAAUGAAAAAGACCUAAGUACAAGUUGUCUCAUGAGGCAUGUGAGGAGAGCUCAUCCCACUGUGCUCAUUCAGGAAAAUGGAAAUAUGGCGUCUAUCUCUUCCUUUUCUUCACCUACAUUAUUAAUCCCCCCACAGCCUGCCGAUGUUGGAGAUUUAACUAGUGUGCUUGCCCCUAUAAAAUUAGUUAAGAAAACCGUUUCCAAGAUUCCAUCCCCAGAUCAAAUAACUGAGGAGUCUGUUCCUGUAGUUUCUACUGAAGAGAUGCCUUCAGACAUGUUACAUCCUGAAAAGAGCAAUAAAGAAGGCAGUGGUGGACUGUGUCAACCCUUUCCCAACAACCAAUGUGAAGAAACGGUGGAAAAUGUAGCAGAGAAAACGGUCCAGGUUCCUAAGAGUACAUCUGGGUCCAGAAGAAGGUCUGCCGUCUGGAAACAUUUCUAUUUGUCUCCUUUAGAUAAUUCAAAAGCUGUUUGCAUCCACUGUAUGAAUGAAUUCAGUAGAGGAAAGAAUGGGAAAGAUCUUGGAACCAGUUGCUUAAUACGACACAUGUGGAGAGCCCAUCGUUCUAUUGUUCUACAAGAGAAUGGAGGUGGUUCAAGCAUACCCCCUCUGUACUCUGCUUCUCCAACUUUGUUGCAACCCAUACUGCCUUCAGAUGGCGAUCCAAACUCUGGGUCAUCUCCUGCAAAAGUACCUAAAGAACCAACAUCUAUAUGUUCUUCUCCGGACAGAAUGGCAGAAGAAAACAAUUCUUCUCUUCCUUUGGGGGAUACACUUAUGGAGGACUCCUCGUUGUUGUCGUCAUCUGAAGAUAUAGGUGAAGCUUCUUUAGUUUCUUCCCCUGAAAAAAGCCCUUUGAUAUUUGAACACGGCUCUGUUUUUCAUCAGAAUAAACGAAUGAUGCGAAAGCUGAAGUCGGAGGUAUGGCAUCAUUUUUCUUUGUCUCCAGGCGACAGUCUAAAAGUUGUGUGUAGACACUGCAAUUGCAUUAUAAAUCGCGGGAAAAAGGGUGAUGUAGGCACAAGUUGUUUGACGAGACAUUUAUACAGACGUCACCCUGAAGUCGUCGGGAUCCAGAAGAGCUUUAUAGAUGUGAGUUUAGCAAAUUCUCCUUAUGCUACCUUGGCUUCUGCAGAAUGUUCAUCGUCAAAAUUGACUGACUUACCCACAAUGGUUUCUAAUGAGAGACAAGUCAUAUUUCCUGUCAGUAGCAAAAAGACCUCAAAACUGUGGAAUCAUUUUUCAAUUUGUUCUGCUGAUUCAACUAAAGUAAUAUGUAUGCACUGUGGACGUACAAUAAGUCGAGGGAAAAAGCCAACCAAUCUAGGUACAAGUUGCCUUUUAAGACAUUUACAACGGUUUCAUAACAAUGUCCUCAAACCAGAUGCCUCCGAGCCAGUAUUGUCCUCUUCUGCAAAUAGUCAUGUGCCACUGAGCACAGAUCUGUUGGGGUCGUCAUCCUUCGAUGAAACCAAUGACAAGUUUUCUGACACUCACCCUGUUGCCAAAAAAAUUACCAGUCUUGUAGCAGAAAUGAUUGCACUUGACCUUCAGCCAUAUUCUUUUGUAGACAAUAUUGGCUUUAAUCGAUUGCUUGAAUUCUUGCAGCCUCAGUAUUCGUUGCCUUCGCCAUCUUAUUUUUCUCGUACUGCAAUUCCUGAUAUGUAUGAUAGCGUAAAAGAAAUAAUCGUUUCACAUCUGAAAGAAGCUGAAAGCGGAGUAGUCCAUUUUACAUCGGGAAUAUGGAUGAGCAACCAGACUCGAGAAUAUCUUACCCUUACUGCUCACUGGGUAACGUUUGAGUCUAGGGUUCGACCACAGUGUGAAGAUUACCAUUGCUCCGCUCUUUUAAAUGUAUCGCAGAUUGAUUGUGACUACAAUGGCAUCAGCAUUCAGAAGCAGCUAGAAUAUUGGUGGGAAGCCUGGAUCGCAUCGAUUGGGCUUCAGGUUGGGAUUACUGUUACAGAUAAUCAGACUAUUGGAAAGACUCUAAAUGAAGGGGAGCAUUCAAGUGUGCAGUGCUUUGGUCACACGGUUAACCUCAUAGUAACCGAAGCUAUUAAAAGCCAGAGAAUGGUUCAGAACCUGCUUAGUAUUGCAAGAAAGAUCUGUGAACGGGUUCAUCGGUCAGCAAAAGCAAGGGAGAAACUGGCAGAUCUGCAGAAGGAGUAUCACUUGCCGCAGCACCAGCUGAUCCAAGACGUUCCAUCAAAGUGGAACACGUCCUUCCAUAUGCUUGAACGCCUAAUUGAACAGAAAAGAGCUAUUGAUGAAAUGUCCGUAGAGUGCAGCUUCAGGGAGUUAAUAAGCUGUGAUCAGUGGAAAGUAAUGCAGUCUGUCUGUCACGCACUUAAACCGUUUGAAGUGGCAAGCCGAGAGAUGAGUACACACAUGUCCACUCUAAGUCAAGUAAUUCCAAUGAUUCAUAUACUCAACCGGAAAAUUGAGCUGCUGUUUGAAGAAACGAUGGGCAUCGAUACCAUGCUAAAGUCCUUGAAGGAAGCUAUGGUGAGUAGACUGUCCUCCACACUUCAUGAUCCACGGUAUAUUUUUGCUACACUUUUGGACCCUCGUUAUAAAGCUUCCUUAUUCACCGAAGAGGAGGCGGAGCAGUAUAAACAGGACUUAAUCAGGGAGCUGGAAAUACUAAACGCUACCUCAGAUGAUGAGAAACCUGUUUCCAAUGGCUGUGGUACAGGUUCGUCAUCUAAAAACUCUUACGGGGACAAUAAUCUUUGGUCACUUAUGGAAGACAUGAAAAAAGCAAAAGCUCCAAAAGAAAAGGGCAAGUUGCCAGAAGAGAUGGUGCUUUUGUACUUGGAGGAAGAAGUACUUGAGCAUAACUGUGAUCCCCUAGCUUACUGGAACUUUAAGAAAUCAUCUUGGCCAGUACUGUCGAAGUUAGCAGUUCGAUUCCUCGGUUGUCCUCCAAGCAUUGUCCCAUCCGAGAGAUUGUUCAGUACAUCCAAUGAAAACAUCAGCUUUAGUCAGUCAAGGCUAGCAAUGGAACACUUUGAGAAACUUAUAUUUUUGAAAGUAAAUCUUCCUUUGAUAUACUUCCAGUAUUGA